UCUGUUUCGUAACGAUGUCACAGAUUCACCGCCAGAUGUCGCACUGGCGCUAUGGAUGGAGGGAGAGGAGGGGCCAGGACUGGGAAUUCUCUGCUUCCCAUCCCUCCUUAAUGCAGACAACAUGGCGGACUAAAAGAUACGGCUGACCCGCCCGGAUACAGCGAAUAAACAGUGGGAUUCACGCCCCCUAUGCUCAAGGAAGACGGAGAGACACCAAUUUGUUAGAAACACCCUCGGGAACAUUGAGGAAUUUUUGGGACCGUUCUAGUCAUUCGUUAACAUAAACAUACUUGCGAUCUGUUGCCUCCAAAUUGGCGGUCUGUCCCAGAUCGUUCAUAUCACCCAGGCCCCCCACCCCACAUACACACACUAUUGGUUCCUGGGGUGUGAAGACAGGGGCUGGGGUUAAGAACGUGGAAAAAAGGAAGAAAGGAAUUGCACAACUGUAAAUAUUCAGGAUUGUGCAAAACCAAACGGAAGUCGUGGACCACACUGUGCGAAUGAGUGAUUGAUGCCAAAUUCGCUCCUUAAGGGCAGUAUGGGUGUGUGUCCCCUGCUCCUGCUGCUCAGUGUGGCCCUCGGGGUCUCUGUCUCAGCCCAGGGACCAUCUCUCACCCCCACAGAAGGUCCAGUCUCCACUGCCAAACCCACGGAUUCUCCAGCCACCACCCUCCACAAUGUUCCAGUGGCAACCACCACCACCCCUCCAACAACCGCAACGACACUGACAACAACCAGCACCGCAGAGGGGAACAUAUUGACUGCAGGCCCCAGUGUCACCCAGGUGCCCAUUCCCCCUCCACCACCCCCCGGCCCCACCAUAGCCCCCCAAGUCCCCACGGGUGCAACCACUGCCCCGCAACCACCCCCUGCUCCGACCACUGUCAGUCGGGGUGGGGAGAAUGGGACCACACCCUCUGCUCCGGACAGUCACACAGAUCCCUCGCUGGAGACCACCAUAGAACCUACGGUGGAAGCCACGUCGCCCGACACUACUAGUGACACUACAACAGGUGGUGGAGAAGACGGCACAGACCAAAAUACGCAAUCAGAUGACACGCCCAUCAUUGCGGUGAUGGUGGCUCUGUCAUCCCUGCUCGUCAUCGUCUUCAUCAUCAUCAUCCUCUAUAUGCUCAGGUUUAAGAAGUACAAGCAGGCCGGCAGCCAUUCCAACUCCUUCAGGCUGACCAACGGUAGAUCAGAUGAUACAGAGCUCCAGAGUGUGCCGCUAUUGGCCCGCUCGCCUAGCACCAACAGGAAGUACCCACCCCUUGUUGUUGACAAGCUGGAGGAGGAUAUGAAUCGUCGCAUGGCUGAUGACAACAAGCUCUUCCGGGAGGAGUUCAAUGCGCUGCCGGUGUGUCCUAUCCAGGCGUCAUGCGACGCGGCCUCUAAGGAGGAGAACAAGGAGAAGAACCGAUACGUCAACAUCCUGCCAUAUGACCACUCCAGGGUGCAUCUGUCGUCUCUAGAGGGAGUUCCAGACUCUGACUUCAUCAAUGCGUCCUUCAUCAACGGUUACCAAGAGAAGAACAAGUUCAUUGCAGCUCAAGGGCCAAAGGAGGAGACUGUAAACGACUUCUGGAGAAUGAUCUGGGAACAGAACACCGCCACCAUCGUGAUGGUGACCAACCUGAAGGAGAGAAAAGAGUGUAAGUGUGCCCAGUACUGGCCUGACCAGGGCUGCUGGACCUACGGCAACAUCCGGGUCUCUGUGGAAGACAUGAUGGUGCUGGUGGACUACACCAUCCGCAAGUUCUGCAUCCAACAGGUGGGGGAUGUGGGGGGUAAGAAGCCCCAGCGGCUGGUGACCCAGUUCCACUUCACCAGCUGGCCAGACUUUGGCGUUCCCUUCACACCCAUCGGCAUGCUUAAGUUCCUCAAGAAGGUCAAGACCUGCAACCCCCAGUACUCCGGCCCCAUCGUGGUCCACUGCAGUGCGGGGGUGGGGAGGACCGGUACCUUCAUAGUGAUAGACGCCAUGUUGGAUAUGAUGAACACCGAGAGGAAGGUGGACGUCUUUGGCUUCGUCACGCGCAUCAGAGCCCAGCGCUGCCAAAUGGUCCAGACCGACAUGCAAUACGUGUUCAUCUUCCAGGCCAUGCUGGAGCACUACCUGUACGGAGACACAGAGCUGGAGGUGACCUCCCUGGAGUCCCACCUGGCCAAGCUCUACGCCCCCUCCGCCGCCGGCUGUGGGGGCAUGGAAGCAGAGUUCAAGAAGCUGACCUCCAUCAAGAUCCAGAACGACAAGAUGAGGACGGGCAACCUGCCGGCAAACAUGAAGAAGAACCGAGUUCUCCAGAUCAUCCCAUACGAGUUCAACAGAGUGAUCAAUCCAGUCAAGAGAGGGGAGGAGAGCACGGAUUAUGUCAACGCUUCCUUCAUUGAUGGCUACCGUCAGAAGGACUCGUACAUGGCCAGUCAGGGCCCCCUGCAGCACACCAUCGAAGACUUCUGGAGGAUGAUCUGGGAGUGGAGGAGCUGCUCCAUAGUCAUGCUCACUGAGCUGGAGGAGAGAGGACAGGAAAAGUGUGCUCAGUAUUGGCCCAGUGAUGGGGUGAUGGUGUGUGGUGACCUCUCCAUCGAGCUGAAGAGGGAGGAGGAGAGUGAGAGCUACACUGUUAGAGACCUCCUGGUUACCAACAACCGGGAGAACAAGGCUCGUGCGGUGAGGCAGUUCCAUUUUCAUGGCUGGCCGGAGGUGGGCAUCCCCAGCGACGGAAAGGGGAUGAUCAACAUCAUCGCCGCGGUCCAGAAGCAGCAGCAACAAUCUGGCAACCACCCCAUCACUGUCCACUGCAGUGCGGGCGCGGGGCGGACGGGGACCUUCUGUGCCCUGAGCACGGUCCUGGAGCGGGUGAAGGCUGAAGCCAUCCUGGAUGUCUUUCAGACUGUCAAGAGCCUCCGGCUGCAGAGGCCCCACAUGGUGCAGACACUGGAGCAGUACGAGUUCUGCUACAAAGUGGUCCAGGAGUAUAUCGAUGCCUUUUCUGACUACGCCAACUUCAAGUAGGGACCCACACAGGGGACGGACAUCCGUACACAGUCAUAAACACACACCAAACCCACACGUACCCGACGGAAAGAAAACAAACUGUUCACGGCUUAGAUGACUGGGCAGCCUGCCUGCACAGAGGAAAAGGGAAUGGAAGUUUUGUGACGGAGCCAAGUGCAGCGCUGCAGUGUACCGGAGGGAGUGAAUAUCAGAGAUGCCUUCUUGAAUAUUUUGUAAUAUUGAGCUUGUUAAUACGGGCCCCUUGUCCCUAUCCCCCCACAUCUAUCCCCCCACAUCGACACUCCCCAAUCCACCCAAUGUACAUAUACUGUACUUAUCCUGUCACAUUUGGGGGUUUUGUUUUUAGAUCAAGUUUAAGUUUGGCUGCAUUUUUAGGGUGACGUUAUGUGUUUUAUGGGUAUGUGUGUGUACAUAGACCGUGCCAGUCAAAGGUUUGGACACACUUACUCAUUCAAGGGUUUUUCUUUAUUUGUACUAUUUUCUACAUUGUAGAAUAAUAGUGAAGACACAAACUAUGAAGUAACACAUAUGAAAUCAUGUAGUAACCAAAAAAGUGUUAAACAAAUCAAAAUAUAUGGUAUAUUUGAGAUUCUUCGAAGUAGACAUCCUUUACCUUGAUGACAGCUUUGCAAACUCUUGGUGUUGUCUUAACCUGGAAUGCUUUUCCAACAGUCUUGAAGGAGUUCCCACAUAUGCUGAGCACUUGUUGGCUGCUUUUCCUUCACUCUGCGGUCCAACUCCUCCCAAACCAUCUCAAUUGGGUUGAGGUCAGGUGAUUGUGGAGGCCAGGUCAUCUGAUGCAGCACUCCAUCACUCUCAUUCUUGGUCAAAUAGCCCUUACACAUCCUGGAGGUGUGUGAGGUCAUUGUCCUGUUGAAAAACAAAUUAUAGACUCACUAAGUGCAAUGCAGAAUGCUGGUUACGCUUGCCUUGUAUUCUAAAUAAAUCACUGACAGUGUCACCAGCAAAGCACCAUCACACCACCUCCUCCAUGCUUCAUGGUGGGAACCAUACAUGCAGAGAUCAUCCGUUCACCUACUCUGCGUCUCACAAAGACACGGCGGUUGGAACCAAAAAUCUCAACUUUGGAUUCAUCAGACCAAGGGACAAAUUUCCACCGGUCUAAUGUUCAUUGCUUGUGUUUCUUGACCCAAGCAAGUCUCUUCUUCUUAUUGGAGUCCUUUAAUAGUGGAUUCUUUGCAGCCAUUUUGACCAUGAAGGCCUGAUUCAUGCAGUCUCUGAAGAGUUGAUGUUAUGAUGUGUCUGUUACAUGAACUCUGAAGCAUUUAUUAUUGCUGCAAUCUGAGGCUUGUAACUGUAAUAAACGUAUCCUCUGGAGCAGAGGUAACUGGGUUUUCCUUUCCUGUGGCGGUCCUCAUGAGAGCCUGUUUCGCCAUAGCGCUUGAUGGAUUUUGCAACUGCACUUGAAAAAUGUCAAAGUUCUAGAAAUGUUCUGGAUUUCCUGACCUUCAUGUCUGUCAUUUCUCUUUGCUUAUUUUAGCUGUUCUUGUCCUGAUAUGGACUUGGUAUUUUAUAAAAUAGGGCUAUCUUCUGUAUACCACACUUACCUUGUCACAACACAACUGAUUAGCUCAAAUGCAUUAAGAAAGAAGGAAAGAAAUUCCACAAAUUAACUUGACAUGUCACACCUGUUAAUUGAAAUGCAUACCAGGACUACAUCAUGAAGCUGGUUGAGAGAAUGCCAGGUGUGUGCAAAGCUGUCAAUGCAAAGGGUGGCUACUUUGAAGAAUCGAAAAUAUGGUAUAGAUUUUGAUUUGUUAAACACUUUUUUUGGUUACUACAUGAUUCCAUAUGUGUUAUUUCAUAGUUUUGAUGGUUUCACUAUUUUUCUACAAUGUAGAAAUAGUAAAAAUCAAGAAAAACCCUUGAAUGAGUAGGUGUGUCCGAACUUUUGACUGGUACUGUAUAUAAAUCGUAUUCUUUAGAGGUGUAUGUCAAAUCGAGAGUCGGAAAUGGUGUUUGGGUUUUCUUCUCUUUUUUUUUUUUGCGGUUGAGUGACUUGAGACUUACGUUGUUGAUAGCUUUAUCUGAUUCAGGCUGAAGCUAAAAGCUGAUAGAUCUUCCUUAGAGGAAUGGAUUUACACAGCCAAUCAGAAUUAAUCUGUGCGCACACACACACACAUUACAGCUGGCCAGGAGCACUUCCAGAAUUGGCCUAGCCAAUCACAUGAUGUAAACUCUUUCUACUAGUUUUCCUUUGAGUUCACAGUUCACACAGAGGUCAAGGAGCCAUGGCAUUAGCUAAACCCACCGUUACACAAGAGCAUAGCAUCACACAGCCAAUGAUUUCUCAGGGCACAAACACACUAUGUGUGUGUUUUAAAAGGGAGCCAUGUGCCAAACAGUCUCUUCAGAUGAAGGGUGAAGUUGCACCUAGAUGCUGUUCUUGGGUCAGUUUUGCGUUUCCCACAUUCAUAGUUAAGCAUAGGAUUUGGGGAUGGCGAGCUGAUCCCAGAUCUAAACUUAGGGGCCACUUUUCCUCCAAGGAGCGUGUCUCCAUCUGCGAGCCAGGUCGUCGCAAGCCACAUCUCUCACACACAGUCCAAGACAUUGUGGCUUUGCCGCGUUUGUGUUCAAGGACAUAGAAAACAAUGUAGUUUAGGUGUACCUGCACCUGCCCAUUACAUUUAAAUAUAUUUGACGUUUGAUAUUCGAUUUAUUUUCGGUAUGGGCAACUUCAAAUUCCA